AUGGGAAAAGGUUGCAAUGAACAAUGUGAUGAUGGCACUUUUGGUGAUGGUUGUCAGUUAAAAUGUCAUUGUGCAGAUGAUUUGCAAUGCAGACACAUUGAUGGCAAAUGUCUGGAUGGUAAAUGUGCAAGAAGAAAUAAUCAUGUGAAAGAACCAUCUGGAAACUAUAUUCCCAUGGAAACAAGCAUUUUACAAGAAAGCAAUCAAGAAAUCCUCACAGAUGGAGACAUUCUGGCUGAAGAUGUUUACGAUGAUAAUGUUGUAUUGACAAAAGAAAAUUUCUUAUCUUAUGUUCAGCAAGUGAAAAUGAAAGCAGACCCAUUUUCAAAUGAGUUUUCAUGCCUUGACAAGCAUGUUAAGUAUCCAUGUAAAACAGGCAAAUCAGUUGAAAACAUUUGUAAGAAUCGUUGUAAAGCCAUAUUGCCCUAUGCUAAUCAAUGGAUGUUCUUAUUUUUAGAUGAUCAUUCCCGUGUUGUUUUGCACAGAACAAUUGAGGAUUUUUGGAGGAUGAUUUGGCUCAAAGAAAAAUGCAACACAAUUGUUAUGUUAACUGAAAUUAUGGAAAAUGGAAAGUAUUCUGUGAGAGAAAAAAGAUUUGUACAUCAUUUUCAAUGCACCAUAUGGCCGGAUCAUGGAGUUCUUUCUUUUUUCAUCGUUCUUUCUUUCUUCCAUCCGUUCUUUCUUUCUUCCAUCCGUUCUUUCUUUCUUCCAUCCGUUCUUUCUUUCUUCCAUCCGUUCUUUCUUUCUUCCAUCCGUUCUUUCUUUCUUCCAUCCGUUCUUUCUUUCUUCCAUCCGUUCUUUCUUUCUUCCAUUUCUUUUUUCUUCCUCUUCCUUUCUUUCGUUUUUUCUUUUCUUCCAUCGUUCUUUCUCUUCCAUUUCUUUUUUUUCUUUUUCUUUUUCUUCUUUCCUUUCUUUUUUCUUUUUUCUUCUCUUUCUUUAUUUUUCUUUCACUUUUCUUUCCUUUUCUUUUUCUUUUUCUUUUCUUUCUCUUUUCUUUCUCUUUCUUUCACUUUCUUUUCUUUUCUUUUCUUUCCCUUUCUCUUUUCUUUCUUUUCUCUUUUCUUUCUCUUUUUCCUCUUUUCUUUCCUUUUCCUUUUUCUUUUUGUAUUUUCCUUUUUCCUUUUCUUUUACUUUCUUUCUUUUCUCCUUUUUCUUUCUUUCUUUUCAUUUUCUUUCUCUUUUCUUCUCUUUCUUUCUUUUUUCGUUUUCUUUUCUCUUUUCUUAUUUUUACAUAGCCGUUUCAGCUACUAG